CACUCCCCUUCUUCUUAAUAUACUUUCAUAUUUCAUAUUUCAUACAACCACUUCUCACUUCACAAUUUUCAUCACCUCUCUUCAUUUCAUACUUGACAAUGGACGGUAGAUCUUCUAUUGGUUUUUUGCUUCUCCUCGUUACCCUUAUUUCACUUUUUGUGAAAUGUUACUCAUUUUCUCAAGAUGAUGACCUAAAGACUUAUAUUGUGUACACGGGAAGUAGCAUAAAGGAUGAAACUUCUUCAUUGCUUCAUUAUAAUUAUUUGCUACAACAAGCUGCAAACAGUGACUCGAUGCCAAAAUCCAUACUCCACCACUACAAGCGCAGUUUCAGUGGUUUUGUGGCAAAAUUAACAAAAGAAGAAGCCAAUAGAAUGGCUGGACUUCCUGGAGUGGUAUCUGUUUUUCCCAAUGAAAAGAGUCACCUCCUUACAACUAGAUCAUGGGAUUUCAUUAGCUUUCCACAAUAUGUGGAAAGAGAAAACUCUGAAAGUGACGUUAUUGUUGGGGUGAUCGAUUCUGGAAUUUGGCCAGAAUCUUCUAGCUUCAAUGAUAAAGGUCUCAGUCCACCACCCGCUAAAUGGAAGGGCACAUGCGAAACUGCUUCAAAUUUUACCUGCAACAACAAAAUAAUUGGAGCCAGAUGUUAUUUACCCCCUCUGGACGAUCUCUUGAGCCCAACAGAUAUUGAAUCUCCAAGAGAUUCAAUUGGCCAUGGGACUCAUACAGCAGCAACUGCAGCAGGGAACCCGAUUGGCAUGGCAAGCAUGUUAGGGCUUGCAGAAGGAACAGCAAGAGGUGGAGCUCCAUCAGCUCGCAUUGCUGUCUACAAAGUAUGUUGGUUCAGUGGGUGUGAUGAUGCAAAUAUUCUUGCAGCAUUUGAUGAUGCGAUUGCAGAUGGUGUUGAUAUCUUAUCUGUCUCGAUUGGAAAAGAUUCAGCAAAUAAUAUCUACUUUAGAGAUGCAUUGUCAAUUGGAUCUUUCCAUGCUAUGAGACAUGGAGUUCUAACAGUACUUUCUGCUGGGAACAAAGGUCCACAUCCUAAAUCCGUGCAAAAUUUUCAACCUUGGGCAAUUUCUGUAGCAGCAAGCACCUUAGAUAGGAAGUUUGUUACUAUUGUCAAAUUAGGAGACAAUAGAACUUUCGAGGGUAUUUCCUUGAACACAUUUGACCUUCAAGGAAAACAAUAUCCUCUUAUCUUUGGUAGAGAUGCAGCAAAUACUGGCGUGGAUAAACACUUAUCCAGGAAUUGCUCAAUGAACUCGUUGGAUGAUAAGUUGGUAAAGGGUAACAUUGUUGUAUGUGAAGGAAGACUAGGAGCCCCAGAAGCCUUUAGAGCUGGUGCUGUGGGUGUCUUAAUACAAGGUCAAACUUCUAUGGAUAAUGCAUUCUCUUUUCCCUUACCUGCUUGUUACCUUCUAUCAAAGGAUGUGGCCAAAAUACGUAAAUAUAUGCACUCUACAAGAUUUCCAUCUGCAACCAUCUUCAAAUCCAAUGAAUUAAAAGAUACUAUGGCUCCCAUAAUUGCCUCUUUCUCUGCUAGGGGACCAAACAACGCUACACCAGAGAUUCUCAAGCCGGACUUAGUUGCUCCUGGAGUAGAUAUUCUAGCUACUUGGUCUCCAAUUUCACCAAUUAAUGAUAUUAUUGGUGAGAGCAGAAAAUUGGAGUUCAACAUUAUAUCCGGAACUUCAAUGUCUUGUCCACAUGUGUCUGGUGCAGCAGCGUACAUCAAAUCAUUUCAUCCGACAUGGUCACCUGCUGCUAUUCGCUCUGCCCUGAUGACAACAGCUAAACAGAUGAGUUCAAAAAAUAACAAUGAUGCAGAAUUUGCUUAUGGAGCUGGACAAAUUGACCCUGUCAAGGCAGUAAAUCCUGGUUUAAUAUAUGACGCCAGUGAAACUGACUACAUAACAUUUUUAUGUGGACAAGGUGUCAAUGGGACAGUUUUACAACAAAUCACUGAGGAUGAAAACAAUUGCUCUAAGACAUCGACAGCAAGGGAUUUAAAUUAUCCUUCAUUUGCCAUCAAAGCUCCACGCCCAAAGCAUCAUGUAAGUGGAAGCUUCAAAAGGAUUGUUACAAAUGUUGGCUUGCCAAUGUCUACAUAUAGAGCAAUUGUGACAACUCCUAAAGGACUCAAUAUUUCUGUAAAGCCUAAUGUUUUGUCCUUCACUUCACAAGGAGAAAACCAGACAUAUGUUCUCACUAUAGAAGGAUCAAUGAAGGAAUCUAUAGGUUCAGCGUCUUUGGUUUGGGAUAAUGGUAAUAUUCAAGUGAGGAGCCCAAUCAUUGUUUUUGAUGAAAGAGCAGAGAAAGCCAAAGGCACCAAUUUAUGUUGUAUAAAUUUCAUAUACAUUGUAAUUUUUAAUUUACUAUUUUAUAUUAUUAUUGAAUAAAUUAUAUA